AUGGAUUCUUCGGGAGUCGACAGUUUGCUAUACUUCAUUAAUGAUUCAGAAACUGGAGCAAAAAAUAAGGCUAGAUGUCCACUCAUCCUUGUGUUUGUUGCUAUUAAACAUGAAAUAAAGGAACCGAGAACCACCAAAGCUGAAGCUCACCCAGAUUUCUCUCCUCCCCCUCUCCCCGGGAGAUUUCUCCUCCACGUCAUCAUCCUCGCCGCCGGCCGGCAGCUCCCGCCGGCACAGCGGGCAGCACCCGUUAAUCCUCAGCCACUUUCCGAUACAUCCGCCGUGGAAUCUGUGCCCGCACGGCAGCUCCGUCGCCAGAUCGCCCUUUUCCCACUCCCCCAGGCAAACGGCGCACUGAUCCUCCUCGCCGUCUCCGUUGCCCUUCACGAUCUCGACACGUUUUCGAUGGCCGAUUUCGAGGCGGGCCUCGGCCCGCCUUUCGCGGCAGACAGUGAGUCGGCGUUCAUCUCGACGACGGCCAUGGUCUGGGUUAAGAGGUUGAGGAAGACGACCCGGUCACGUGGGCCGUCCGGGUCGGGCUGUUGUUGGGUCGGGCCAGCGGCGGUGAGGCCCAAUAUGAAGGGAAAGAAGAAGGGAUCAGUUUCGGAAGCCAUUUUCUUGAUUUGA